AUGAACAGAACAGUGGUAGCCUCCAAACGUCAUUCCUCUCCUCUGGACCUUCCCGCUGCCGCAUGCCCAGAUGACUGGAUUGGCUACCAAGAGAAAUGCUAUCUCUUCUCAAAGGCAGACGGGACCUGGAACAAAGGCCAGAGCACCUGCUUGUCACUCAGUGCCUCCCUGGCUGUGAUUGACACCCAGAAACACCUGAAUUUCCUGUGGCAACAUAAAGGCUCCCCUGCACACUGGAUCGGCCUCUGGAGGAGGGACCCGGCCCAGCCCUGGAGAUGGGCGGAUGGUACAGAAUUCAACAACCGCCUGUUCACAGUGAACGGAGAUGGACUAUGUGUAUAUCUCAACAACCGCCCCAUCAGCUCAGUGGGCCACACCACCAUGAAAUGGAUCUGCAGCCAGCCGGAUGAACUGGCAAAGAGGAAACAAAAUGGGGCCCUGCAAGCUUUACUGGAGUGAAGCAAAUCCCCUCUCUUCAGCUGCCGCUGCUGCUUCCUAUAGAACAGAUAUUGACUAGCUGCUUUAAAUGCCAUACUCUGGAGCUAGGAGAGCAA